AGGAUCUUAAUUUUCCCAUGAUUUAUUGAAUGUACUAAUUUAGGUGAGAAAAGCUGGUGGAAUUAAGGAACUUCAGGCUAAAAUAAAUGAAGUGACAAAUCUGCGAGCGAGAAUCAAGGAGAUCCUAUCAGAUAUUGAACAAACACUUAAUAAAGAGAGAUUGAGCGAUGAGGAUUUGCGCCACAAAUUGGGAGUUAAUUGUAGUCGAAUAAGCAGCGACAAACUUACAGAGCCAUUUCUCAAGGAAGUUUCGAGGGUAAGGGCUAAUCUGAAUUCUAAUUUGGAUGAGGAUAAGAUACUGAAGAAAAAGUUCGGAGAAAACUGGCAAUCUAUUGAAAUGCUAAGCAAACACGAGAAAGAACUUUAUUCGUUAUUUCCUCCUCGACCGCAUCGUUUGGCAGAAAAGGCGCCAGAAGCAAUGAGCUUCCUCCUGAAACUACUGGAUAAAGCUCAAGAGAUCAAAUGUGAAAGAGUUGAAAUUCUUAAGGUACCCUAUUUUCCUUGA